UCAGAGCGCCGUGCAGCAGGAGGGGCCGGACAUCUCCCAGUCCGUUCUCUACAGCUCUCUCAUGGGGCUGCUCCUGGUGGCUGAUAACGAGGUAAGAAGCAGCCCUUGUAACUGUCAGAUCCGGUGUUCAGUCAAGUGGUCAUCUCCCAGGCUUCUCUCCCUGCCUGUGUGUCUAUGUGUCUCAUGGAGAGCAAGCUGGGAUAUGUGAAAAGACGAAUUCCUAAUGCAAGAAAUUGUAUAGGGCUAAUAAAGUGAUGUGUUAUGAUGUUAUCUCCAGAAGUCAAUCAGUGUGGUCAGCUCCGGUGCUCAGUCAGUGUUCUGGCCAGCUCUAGUGGUCAACUAGUAUAGUCAGUCAUGGUCUGAUCUGGGCUCCCUGUUGAAUCGGUGGUGGUUGCUCUCAAGCGCUUCACCAGCAGUCAGUCAGAGCCCAGUGGGAACAGCGGUACUACUCAUCCCUGGGAGCUGGCACCUGACACACUGCACGAGCCCUGCUGUCCCUGGAGCGUCCUUCCUGGUGCACGUGCCCGAGCACGCUCUGACACACACAUGCACGUCCCUCCCCUUGAGGAGCUAAUGGGAUGAGUCUCCAUGACCUCUAGUUUGAGAUCUAUUGCGCGGUAAUGAGAUCAGGGCUCUAAAAAAAAAAGACUGUGGCUAAGGAAGAGUCUCUGAUCUGUACCUCCACAUCAGCCUGCAGCAGGAAUCUGCAUCCCAGCUUUCAGGCUCUCACAGGGGCCACUGGGUUUUGAUCCAGUUAAGCUCAGAAUGACUGAGGUCGUUUCUGUAUCCGAGCUGCAUCGGCUCAUCCCGCUUCCCGUGGUGUUAAACACAGACCAGGAAACACAUGAAUCCUGCCCAGAACAGGACACUGGCCCACUGCAGGAGAAACCCAUACAGCCUGGCAGACUGGAGUAACUGGGGUAAUGUACCUCUCUCAUGGCAUAACAGCAGUGUCUGCAGUGGGGACCCAAACCCACAACCAGCUCAGAUACUCAUCUAUUACACUGUGAUGAGGGGCAGUGGGUGUGGCAGUGGGAGGUGUGAUGAGGGGCAGUGGGUGUGGCAGUGGGAGGUGUGAUGAGGGGCAGUGGGUGUGGAGGUGGUAACUGUGAUUCAUCUUCCUGUCUGUCUUCCUGCAGCAGGAAGCCAGUCUGACGCUGGGCAGCGGGCGUGUUGGAAUCCACAAUGUUGGGAAUACAUGUCAGGCCUUCACCACAGCUCUCUGUGUGUCUGCAGUGCUUCCUGAACGCCGUGCUGCAGUGCCUGUCCCACACGCUGCCCCUCAGGGAUCACUGCCUGAGACAGCGGUACCUGCAGGACAUGGGCACCCGCAAGCCCCCAGAGCUCAUGAACGCUUUCUCACAAGUGCUCUCUGACCUCUGGGCACCAGAAGGGUCAACUGCAGUGCAUCCUGGGAGAUUCUACACCUUGUUCAGGGAGUCCGUGCCUAAUUUUAAUACCUACAGUCAGCAGGACGCCCAGGAGUUCCUUCGCUUCCUACUGGACCGACUCCACUCUGAGGUCAACCGUCACUCCCCGAGCAGUGCGCCCAGCCCUGCGCUCACAGAGAGCAAACACACGCAGCUCAGAGUGGAGGACAGGGCAGCACACCUGUGGAACAGGUACCUGGAGAGAGACAACAGCAGGAUUGUAGAGCUGUUCUCUGGCCAGUUGCGCAGCUCCUUGUGCUGCUCUGUGUGUGGUCACCAGUCCACCACCUUCGAUGUCUUCUGUGACCUCUCGCUGCCCAUUCCCAAGAGGAGUGUUUCUGGGGGGAUUGUGUCCCUGAAGGACUGCCUGGAGCUUUUCUCCCAGGAGGAGGCCCUGGACUCUGAGAACGCCCCGAUGUGUGACAGAUGUGGGAGAUGCACGGAAAGCACAAAGAAGCUCAGCGUCCAGAGGUUUCCCAGGAUCAUCGUCCUGCAUCUCAAGCGCUUCGCUGCCUCACGGUUCUCCAUCAGCAAGAGCACGGUGUCCGUCUCCUUCCCUCUGAGACAUCUGGACCUGGGGCAGUAUGGGGCACAGGGCACAGGACGCGUGCUGUACAAUCUCUACGCUGUGUGCAACCACUCUGGGACUGUGAACAUGGGCCACUACACCGCCUACUGUCUGGAGCAGGCAGGAUGGUACUGUUACAAUGACUCCAGAGUCAGUCCAGCCAGUGAGUCACAGCUCCAGUCCAACCAAGCCUACCUCCUCUUCUAUGAGAUGGACAGCUGUGAUCGGAAACAGUGACCUGGCACUGUCGACUGUGCUGCCGAAUGGCACCUCUCCACCAGCCGUGUGUCUACAGAGCCUGUAGAGUGAGAGAACACGACUUGGCCACGUGCUGGAAUCCAGGUGUGUGUCCCGGCUGUCCACAGAGCUCUUAGCCAUUCCAGACUGCUGGAAUAGUCCGGAAGGGUUUGCAGCUGAAUGUGUCUGAGAUUCCACUGGCACUGAUCUACCGGGGUCUAACACUCAACAGCAGCUCUUCCAGAGGCUGUGGCCAAGCCAAGCGAUAACCUGCAAAGCAAAGCAGAUUCUGAUGUCUGUUCCAUCUCACUUCCUCUACAAAAGCAGAACCUCUCUCUCAUGUCGGAUGUGGAAAGUCUGGGUCACAGUAGAUCGAUACUAGCAUGUGAGAUAUUUCCCCUCUGGUGCUGUUAAGAUUUGGGGCUCCUGAGUCUUUGAGCCCAUCAUGAACUGGAGAAAGAGCUUACUGGUAUCAUGUAGUAACAUGUGAACCUCAGCCGUGGAAUCACCACCUUGUACUGGGCUUGAAAUGUGUUACUGACAGGAAGAUCAUGCCAUUAAAAGGCAAGAAAUUAUCCCCAUUUGGAACCAAUAGUAUCUGUUGUGUUUUUAAUGUUUCUCAGCAUAUCACUGACCAAACAAAUGAGAAUACAUUGAAACAAAUUAACCACUACAUCAGAAACACUGUGCUGCUUUCUUAGACCUUGCUUAUGAAUUAUUGUACUUCAUUUUCAGAUGCUGAGACUCCUCCCUGUAACGUUUUAUUAUUUCCUUUAUUAGAACAGAUGCUCGGUGAUAUGACAUCCUUGAUUUCGGGCUCCAGAAGCUCUGCUUGUCAGGCAAAGGGCUCCUAUUUGAAAGGUCAGGGUUAAGAGGUGUUUUAUGUUUUGUAGUGUUAUGAUAACCUGAACACAGGAGCAUGUCAUGACGACCACUGGUUGCUGUCACUGAAAUAGAUUAGAGCUUCUAACAGUGAAAAUAAAUUAUUUUUGAAAACUUCUUUCGUUGACUAAAUUUGUGUAGCUUGUAUAAUAUUUAAUACUGAUACAGUUCAAGAAAGGAACGACAGUCAGCUCUGUGUUCUUGCAGCCCCAGGGUUCUGGGUUCGAUUCUGGCCUAGGGUGCCUGUGUGUGUGGAGUCUGCAUGUUCUCCCUCUGUCUUCACCAGCUGUUCUGGUUUCCUCCCUCCUCCCCAGGCAGGGCUGGGGCCUGGUCAGGUCCCUGCUGCAGUGCUGACAGUCCCUGGGCCCAGCGCCUCCUGCAGAGGAGAGGUGGCAGGGAUCCAUAAUGACAUCUAGAGAAAGACACAGACCGAUAAUAAAACAGUUGCCUGGAUGUUCAAGUCUGAAUGUUCUGAAACUGACGUUAUUUUCACUUAACACCCAAAGGACUCUAAAUUCAGGGGUUUAAUAUGUCAUUUAGAAGUGACUGUAAUGGUCAGUUUGCUGCAUGGUAUUGGUCUUUAAUAUACAGCACACAUGCAGCCCAGAUGCAGGCAGAUAAGUCUGGGAGAACAGAAGGUGGUUUGCAUCAAACAGGGACAGGCAGCGAGCACCUGCUAGCGAAGUGCAGGCCGACACAGUCCAGAGUGAUCCACAGUCCAGGGGUCAGAGCCUAUAAACACAGAAGAGCCACAAAGGGAAAUCCACCCUAGAGCUGAGGGGAGAAAGUAGAGUCCAUAAACAAAAAGACACAUUGGAAGGCACAGGGGGAAUAUCACCCUGCAGCUCACA